ACUUCUUAAUUUUCUCGUGCGUUUUUCCAUUGACACUAGUUGUGAAAUUUUAUUUAUUACUAAUUUAAAGUCAAAUUUUACAUUAGUUAGAAAUUGGAUAUUUGUAAGAUACUAUCGGAAUCAAUAUGUCGGCGUUCACAUGCAUAAAUUGCUGUGUAAAAUUUGCCUCAGCGGAUAUACAGCGAGAUCAUUACAAAACAGAUUGGCAUCGGUUUAAUCUGAAACGUCGUGUUGCUGAACUUCCAGCAGUAACUGCCGAACAAUUCCAAGAACGUGUGCUGCGUAUGCGACAAGAAAAGGCUACCGAGGAGGAAGAGAGUCAAAUGAGCUUCUACUGCAACGCUUGUCGCAAACAAUUUGGCAACCAGAAAGCCCAUGAUAACCACCUAAACAGCAAAAAACACAAAGAAAAUCUAUUGCGUUUCGAAAAAGAACAUAAAGGCGAAAACACAGAGAUAACGAAAAAGAGUGUAGUGCCACAAAAACCACAUCCAGCGUUAGUUGCAGCCGCACAAGGCAAGGGAAGAUUUGCACUACAGAAACAACAACAGAAAGAAGAUGAAGAGGAUGAGUAUGAAGAUAUGGAUGAUGAUGAGGAUGACGGAGACUAUGAGAUUGUGGAAGAGGAGGAGACUGGACAAAUUGAUUCAGAUGAAUGGGAGAAACUGCCUGAAAAUCCACUAAGCGAAAAGGAUUGUCUCUUCUGUACACAUGUCAGCGAGGAUAUGGUUGAGAAUUUAAAACACAUGUCGGUUGCGCACUCAUUCUUCAUUCCCGACGCAGAAUUCUGCACCGAUUUAGAGGGACUGCUAUACUAUUUGGGCGAAAAAGUCGCAAAUUACUUCAUAUGCCUCUGGUGCAAUGAUCGCGGUAAAACAUUUUAUACGCUGGAUGCGGUACGCAAACACAUGUUAGACAAAGGACACUGCCAAAUGUUGCACGAGGGUGUAGCAUUAGCCGAAUAUGCCGAUUACUACGAUUACAGCUCCAGUUAUCCAGAUCACCAAGAAGGCAUGGAUGUCGAUGAGGAAGUGGUGCCCGAUCUACUUGAUGGCGAUGAAUAUCAAUUGGUUUUACCUUCUGGCGCUGUCAUCGGACAUCGUUCACUGCUGCGCUACUACAAACAACGACUCCGUCCAAGUCGCGAGCUUGUGCCGAAAAAAACGGAUCGUCGCCUGCAUAAGGUGCUCAGCGAAUAUCGCGCUUUGGGCUGGAGUAACAUGCAACAGCAAGCGGCUGCGCGUAAGGCGCGCGACUUACACGUCAUGAAGCGCGUACAAGCAAAAUGGCAAAUGAAACUUGGCUGCAGGGCGAACAAAUUCCAAAAGCAUUAUCGCGCGCAAGUCAUGUUCUAAACUUAAUGGAAAUCAUCUUACAACCAGCUGGUUAUGCUUUCAAGUGUUUGUGUGUUAAAACUGUAGUUUGCAGAUGAAGUUAUUGAGCAUAAAACAAUUUGAUAUUCUUUGUGGUAACUGACAGUUAAGCGCCAAUGCUCCGAAGUCAUUGUAUAUAUGUAUACUUGUAAAUUGGGCAGCAUUGUCUUUUACAAUAACGUGAAAUGUAUGUAAAAUUAGUAAAUAAAUUGCGUUGCUGCGUUUGCGUAAAUGUA